UUAAAAAAUGGCCGCCGCGUAAGUUAUGAACGCUUUCAAAGUUUGAAAGAAACUUUAAUUAAUAAUUACUCAACUGUAAAUAUGUCUUUUUCCGAUUUAUAUGCAAAAUAUAAUUGUACAUAUUGUCAAGAAGAAAUAAAUGGCGUGCGCGUUAGGUGUGCGGAAUGUAAAGAUUUCGACAUUUGUUUGCAGUGUUUUUCCCUUGGAGCUGAAAUUGGACAGCAUAGAAAUGACCAUUCAUAUCAGUUCAUGGAUGCUGGUGCGUUUGGAAUAUUUUUGGGGCGAAAUAGUUGGACGGCCAAUGAAGAAGUUAGAUUGCUAGAUGCAAUGGAACAAUUUGGAUUUGGUAAUUGGGAAGAUAUUGCAAAACAUAUAGAAACUAGAACAUCUGAGGAAGCGAGAGAUGAAUACAUAGCAAGAUAUUUUGAAGGCAGCAUAGGCCGUGCGACUUGGGGUAAUGUAGAGACUGCAAGCAGGCCUUUACUCCAUUGUCCCGAAAAGGAUAACGGGCCCCUUAGUCCAAGUGCAGUGUCAAGGCUUCAGCCGUUAGCAAUUACACAAGAUGAAGCAGCACAGCUCUGUUAUAUGUCUAAUAGAGAUGAUUUUGAGAGGGAGCAUGACCACGAAGCUGAACAGUUAGUCUCGACAUUGUCGCUAAACCCUGAAGAUGAUGAGUUAGAUGUUGCCUUAAAGUUGUCACAAGUAGACAUUUACACCAGGCGCCUCAGAGAGAGAACUCGGAGAAAAAGACUAGUUCGUGACUACCAGCUUGUAGCAGUAUUUUUCAAUAACCAGAGAAAUAAACAACGAACUCUGGGGAAACUUGCCAAAGAGAAGAAGCUGGCAGGCUCGCUGAUGUGUUUUGUGCGGUGCAGGGAGUUCACGGAGCGGCUGCGGUGGACGGCGCAGUUCUACGGGCGCGGUGAGCAGGCGGCGGCUGUGGGCGGGCUGUGGCGCGAGCGCGAGCUGCGCGUGCGGCUGGCCGAGCUGCACCGCUACCGGCUGGCCGGCGUGGCGCGCCUGGAGGAGUGUGCGCACUACGACCAGCACGCCUCGCACCGCCGCCACUCGCACGACCUCGCGCUGGCGCUGGGCAGCAGUGGGUGUCUGGACACUCAGACAAGAGAACAAACGGGGACCACGCAGCAGCUAAGAAAAAAAGACGGAGAAAGCGUCUCAAGUUCCACAAGCCCAAGGUGCACACGGGACGGAAGCACCGUCUGUGGCUGCUCCAAAAAGAACUGCUUCAGCAACGCCAGCGGCGCGCUGCAGAGGCAGCUGCUCAACUCUAACGAGAUUCAGCUUUGCAGCUCGUUGAGUCUUCAGCCGACGCAGUAUAUAACACUGAAGGGCAUGUUGCUGCGUCGCGCGCCAACCCCGCACUGCGAGCUCGACCACUCUAUUCGUCACUAUCUACAGACGGCCGGGUGGAUACGUAACUAACGUAUUUCCAUACUUUACAGAAACAUUCUGUAACUUUUAGGGAGUGUUCUUGUUAUUAAUUGCUCGAAUUGCAAAUGAAUUUUUCGUUACUUUAUUUUUAUUUUGCGGGUACUUCAAAAAAAUAUUGUCCUGUAAAAUUUAGAGGGUUGGCUAUGCUGUUGUCGAAUAUUGCGGCUAAGCGGAAAAAGCAGAAUAUUGUAAAAUUAAGAGAAUGUUGCUGUAAUUAAUUUCUCUUGCGGAAUUUUGCGGGUACAUAGAAAAAGCAGCAUCUUGUAAAAGUUUCAGGGUGGUGCUCUGGUUAAUUGCUAUUGCGGAAUUUUCCGGGUAUCCUCAAAAAGAACAUAGAGGUUGGUGCCGUAGAUAAUUUAGAAUUAUACGUGACGCCACUUCGCGGGUAACUAGAAAAGGCAACAUUAGCUGUAGUUACUUACACAUUAUACUAUCACUGCGUCAUUUUGCAGGAACAUAUAAAAGCACACGAUAAAGAGUUGUUGCUGUAGUUAAUUGCAUUUGCAGAAUAAUGGUAUUUUCAGUUCAGGUUUUAUUCGGACAGUGACAGUUGACACACGACUAAGGAGAAAAGUGUGCUUACAUUGUUUUUAAGCACACUUUCGCCGUUCCACUAUCAGACUCCAAAUGAUAUGUCCUUAUGUGUAUAGAACGUCAUUGACAGCGUCAGUAAUUUAGGAAACCCCAUAUUAUUUCCAUAUACCUGUACCAGUUUUAUGCUCAAUACGUCAUUUUGGCAUUGCGAUGCGAUUUCCCACCGCGCUGUUUAUCCUCGAUCUAAUUGUAUAAAUUGCUACAAACAAAAUUGUAUAUAAUAUAUUAAGUAUAAAUAUCAUUUCGUAAUAUUUCAUUUACAUCAUCGCAUGAUAGAAUUGAUGUGUAUAUAAUUGUGUGAAAUAGACAAUCUUUUUGACGAAAAUGAGAGACGAAAGUUGUGUUUGUGUAAUGUAUCGCUGGAUAUGUUUAUAUAUAUAUUGUGUAAAUGUAAAUUGAGAAAACUCACAUUUGUUUUAAUAUCAUAUUAUAUUAAAAUUGGUUAGUAAACCUCGUUUAAUAUUGGGUAUACUCGAUAAUUGAAUAAUAUUUUUUUUAAAAGCUGAUUAUCUUUGCAUGUGAUUAUAAAAAAAUCCACAUUAUAGAAUUAGGUUUUGUGACUAUUAUAUGAUUGAAGCUAUCUCCUAGGUAUAUGGUAAUCUAGGUAAGUACCUAGCUAGCUUGUUAUAGAAGCUUACACGGAAUAGUAAAAUCAAGUGGAAGUGACCUUUAACUUUUAUUUUCUGAAAACGUUGAUAAUAUAAUAUUAUUUGGUUUUAUAUGAAACAAACAAAAAUAUUAAAAAAAAUUUUUUACUGUUACUUGUUUAGGGGAUAGGCCGUUCUAUGUUUAGGACAGUAGGAUAUAAUAAAUAAAAAAUCAUAUGACACAAUAGCAUGCUACCGUAAAAAAAUCAAGUAGUAGGUUCAAAAGAUUAAUAACAACGUGUCUUUAUAAGGUAUAGAUUAGGAACAUUAUUUAUGAAUAAUAUGUUUCAAAACAUUUAACACAACAUAAUUUUUUUAAGCGUGUCAAUCAUUUCCUAUGAAAUUAACGAUAGCGUGUUUGGUGGGAUUGAGGAAUAAUCGAUUUGGUCUUCAUUAAGGGCCACGGGCUGGUCGGCGACUGCAUAUACUGGCAGCGAGAAGCCUCCUGAGAGUCCAUAAGCUGGUUUGCACACGUCUCACUUCCUCUAGAGUCUUUUUGAGUUGACCUAAGAAUAUUUGCGAUUUCAUUGCGGUCAUCUCGAGCUUUUGUGCAUGGUUUUCUUCCAGACCCAGGCCUACUGACGGAACCAGUCUCUUGAUAUCGUUUACAAGUCCUCUGGACAGUCAAUCGACUCACAUUUAGCAACCAUUUUAGAGACCCCUAAAUAAUGGUAUCAAGACUUAAAAAUAUCAAGGAAAUAGGACAAUCUGACAAUAAUUAUGUAAAAAUGAUUUCGUCACGAUACGUCAUUAACUGCAAUUUUUGUUAAAAUCCAAUUAUGUCUUAAAUUUGAAUUUGGAAUAUUUUUUUAUAAGCACCACAACACUUUGUUAAUGUGCCAGUAAUAUUAUCAAAUGAUUAAAAACUUUUUUUUAUUUAAUUUCCUAAAGGGACGGAACAAAAUAAAAAACGCCCGUUUUUUUUUUGCAAAUGAGUUGACAGCUAUCAGACCUCUAAAUCUUCCGAUGAAGUAAGGUAAGCUUCGAAACUAAACAGAUCCCGUUAGAUAAAACUAACAGUCUUGUACUAAUCAGAAAUUUACGCUCCUAUCAGCUAUUCCACAUGAGACUAGCUCAUGCAUUUACAAUGAUUGCACGAAGCCCAUUCACGUACUAUGAACAGCUAGACUCACGAUCGCCUAUUCAAACACGUAUACAUACAGAUAACAUUGAAAUGUAACGAUUUAGCAAAAUGAUUGAAAACGUCAAGCUAGUAACAUAAUUUUGUUAAUUUAAAGGUGCCCUUACCUGAAAUACGACACUCCAUCCUUUUUAAGAUUGAAUAUGCUGUUAUUUGGACAUUUCUUCAGUGAACACUUUGUCAUUGCGUGGCGUUGUAUUCAAAGCGCGGUCAAAACACAACUGAAAAACAACUUUGCCUAAUCUGCGUACGCAUAGUUUUACUUCUAACAAUUUUUUAAGUGUGAUUGUGAGUCUUGUUGUACGGCAUUGAAGCUUUUUUGUUCAUCUAUAUUUUAAAGGUCCAUGUAUAGUUAAAUAAUCUUUUUGAUAAACAAUCAACUUAAAAUAAAUUAACUUAAUAAUAUUGACACCUCGUGAUAAUUACAAUUCCGCAAUGUAAGGCAGUUUUUGUUAUCAAAUAAAUAAGUAGUUAGUGAAUAUUUAAAUAAUUUGUAAAUACAUUAUAUAAUUAAUUAUUACGACUAGUUUUAUCGGAUUAUUUAAAUUUCUUUUGUACUUGACUUUAUCAUGUCCUGUAUAAAAUUUUAUUGUGUUUUAAAUGCAAAUUAAUUGGAACGCAAAUGACAUAUAGAACGUAGCUUAGUUUCAAAUUUUCUAAGUUUCAAUAUUGAAUGUAAAAUUAUUGAAAUUGAUUUUCUUCUUAUUUUUUUAAUUCUUAGUUUAAAUAUUAAAAUGCAUGUUUUGAAAUUUAGUUUUAUUUGACUUAUGUUUGUAUAUACAUAUAAUGAUAAAACGAUUUGUUUUUGAUACUCUUAAGUUUUUGUUAACCAUUGACAAACAGAACAUGUUUGUGGGUGCGACAAGCCAUUACAGGCAAAUGAUAUUGAAGUUGUGAAGCUGAAAGGUAUAAUUCAGAACUAUUAGUCUGAGGCGGCUCAAUACCUAAUUGGGAUCAGUGUCCUCAAACAUAGUUAGACGAGUAGUCAGUAGAAUAAUUUAACUAAUGAAUAAAUCCAUAAAUAUUCUUUACCUAAAGUAAGGUUAAACUAAGAUCUAAAAGCUUAGAAUAAAAAUGUUUGUGAUUUUUUUCAUUAGGCCUUUCCUCCGUCUUUUCUUGGUUAGAAAUUAAAAUUUAAAACUAACUUGUAAAAUAAUUUUUGUUGACAUCAAUUCACGCUAUGCGACAAAAUUAUAGCAGAGGUCUGCUUUGAUGGUCCCGUUGACGAUUCACUCACGAAGUUUCGUAAAUAAAUUAAUAUAACGUUUACUUGAAAUAAUCCAUUAUUAGAAAUACUCUCAUUUAAGUUAAUAUGAAUCACGUGACCAGUUUUGUAUUCUUAACUUAAUUUCGACAUGAUUGUGGUUUGGAACGUUUUUCUGGAAUAACGUCCCAUACUAAUAUGGCAAAACGGUCAUCAAAGCAUGCCACAUGUGUAUUCAUAUAAUGUCAAAUCGCGAAAACCAUUUUCAUAAUCGUAGCAUUUAUUGUAAAAUAACCAUAAUAGGCGUACAAUUCUCUGGGUAUUAUAGUAACAUUUGUAAAUACAAUGUAUUAUACAGAAUAUGUCCCCCUUUCAUCCUUGGGGAAUAAAUGAAACAAUAACUUUA